AUGGCCCCCGGAGUCCUGACCCUCACCCAGCCAGGCCUGGCACUGCCCCCCAUACUGCUGCCCAAAAACCAGAUGUGUACCAAUCAGGUGUGCAAGCCGACCCUCUGUGGGCUGGCCAGGCCUCGAGCACCCCCUGAUGCUCACCCGUCGUGGAAUGCCAGCAGGUGUGGCACGGCCAUGUCAGCCCCCAGUCGGACCAGCCCUACAGCCCCAGCGCCCAGAUCCCCCAGCACCCCUGGCUCAGAGAAGGUGGCUUCCCCCCUGGAGUGCUCCAUCUGCUUCUCAGGCUAUGACAACAUCUUCAAGACGCCCAAGGAGCUCUCCUGCACACACGUCUUCUGCCUGGAGUGCCUGGCCCGGCUGGCGGCCGCCCAGCCAACAGGCCGGCCCGGCGGCGAGGCUGUGCCCUGCCCAUUCUGCCGGCAGCCCACGGCCGUGCCCGCUGCUGGGGCCCCUGCACUGCGCACCAGCCACCAGCUGCAGGCCAAGAUGCCAGCACACCUGCGACGGGAGGAGCCCGUGUGGCUGGAGGGCACCAAGCUGUGCUGCUGCCUGCCGCCCUCCGUACCUGGCCUUGGAGAGCCUGGCUUCAUGUGUGUGGAUGUGGGCCUGAGCAAGCCUGCAGAGCCCACUGCGCCCACACCCGCCCCGGGCCCUACCCGCCGCCAGGGCCGCCUGGCCCGCUGCUGGGCACGCUGCAGGGACUGGAGGCGUGUGGCGCUGGUCACGGCUCUGCUGCUCGUGCUCUUCUGCGUGGUGCUCUGGCCCGUGCAGUGUGCGCUCAAGACUGGGAACUUGCACUGCCUCCCCCGGCCCUCCACCACCAUCACCACCGCCACUGCCUUCUCUUCCAGGCCCCUGGCUGACAACUAAGGUCAGCCACCUCUGCCCCGGUUCUAGCUGUGGGUCCCUGGCCCACAGGUGGUGUCAUGGGUGUGCCAGCCAUUGAGAGCCAGUCCCCUGGAGGAGCCCCAACAUCUCCGAGGACCCCAUAUCCCAUGCAGCUCACCUUCCCCCUACUCUGUGGGGCUGAAUCCUGAUGGCAUGAACUAAAGGGUCCCUGAGACCUCCAAGAAUCACAGGCUCCUAUGUGUCCACUUUCCGAACCCCCAUCAUGGAGAUAGCCUUGAUGAGGCCGCCUCCCUGUACACUGUGAAUGACCUGUGUUAGCAGCCCUUUGCUGAGAAAGGAGAGCACUCAUCAUCUUUUUUAUUCUCACAUUUCACCCAUGGCUCCUUCCCCAGGCCCCUUCCCCAGGCAGGGCUGGCCCCUUCUGUGGGUGGGUGUGCUAAGGGGGCACAGGGCAGCAGCAGGAGACCCAGUCCCCCAGUGCCCACCCCAAACUGUACAUUUUUAAAUAAAGUAUUUUGUAUCCACA